CACUGUCGCUUAAAGGUACAGAAGAGGAAUUUCAGGCAAAGGUUGUAACAACGAAAACAGCUGCGAGCACAAAAAAGCCAGGCACAGAGAGGAAGGGACGUAGUCAGCCAACAAGCGAGCUAUGUGGCAAGACAGAGUGGGAGGACGAGACUGAUUCUGUCCGAUUAUUAUACCCUUCAGACAUCCAGCUAAGGUUGCUAACGGCUUUUAUCCUCGAAUCUCGUUCUGUAACGUUAGCUACCUGAUAUGCGACAACGCAGCAGUGAGACAGAGAGAUAACAAAAAGGCCAAACUCCCAUGCGACAGCGACGCGUCAGUUAAAGCUGCCAGGCUGUGUUUUCCUCCUGAGUCCACCUUUGUUUUUCUUAGCUGCACAUUGAAUCGAGGAGGGUCUUCAUAGAGAAGACACACCCCUUUCCCCCAAAUACAGAAGGCAACAUGGGCUCUUAAAGUAACAGAUGAGGAAGGAAGCAAAGAGAGGCAACACACCCGAGAGAGAGCAGCAGUGGAAAUAGAAACACAGGAGUACAGAAAGAAAGGCAGCAGAGUUUCCCAUCCAGCCACCAAAGGGAGGAAGGACAGUGAGGGAGACAGCAAGAUAAACCCCAUCUUUCUGAGAGGUCACUCUGGGUGGAAUGACCCUGUCAUGAUGCCAAAGCCGUGCCACACCCCACGCCCAGGGGACCAAGGAGGGCGUGUCUGGCUAUCAGCCAUCUACAGAAGGAGCCCCAAUAGAGUUAUUUCUGAUUCCAGUUCAGAGAUAUUUUAUCUCAAGAGCCUCAUGCAUUACUGACCAUCUGCCCCUCUGGUCGUAGCCUCUUUGCACAUCUCCUGCUUUCUCCGGAGUCUUUACCGUUUCCUGAUUACCUACCCUGGUAUGUUGGCGUUGUUUUGUGGCUGCUGCCAUGGAGAUAAACAGACUUCUUUAGUACACCAUUUUAGAGACAACCUCCAGAUGUUGUGCCAGAUGCAGGGUGUCCAGGCGGGCACGAUUAGACAAGGACUGGACCAUAGGUGCUGUGUGGCUCAGCUUCACAGUUCACAUUUGUUGACGACAUCACAGCAGGAAUUAUAGGACUUCCUAUUCCUGUGGAACAUCUAACCCCGCCUCCUGGCACCUGUGAGGCACUACUUCACCCUAUUGCAAGUUAAUCAAGACUGUUAUCCUCCAGAAUAGAAACCAUGCGGCACAUUCACGUCGAGUUAGCCCACAAAAAGGCUCCAUUAGAGCUUCCAGCCCAGGAGGGGGACCUGCCUCCACCGACAGCCCCAACACAGGGCCUAGACCCUGGUGUCAGACCGGGGGCACCCAGGCAUUUUGGCCAGGAGCAGUUGCGGCUCCAAAAGGUCUACCAACUCUCCAUUUUCUCCCAGUUGGGGGGAUUUUCUACCUCCACAGAACCCCACACUGAUACCCAACAGAGACAUGUCCGGUUGGGCGUCAAAAGGGGGCUAGAGGAGCCCCAAUUGACUCAUAAGCACCCCCACCUGGGGGAUUCCUCAGACAAAGAAGCGUUAGAGGAAGGGGUGCUGUGUGGGCCAGCCCCAGCUCAAGGUGUUGGGAUGGGGUUAGCAAUGGGCCCUGGAGGGCCUGGUUCUGUAUACUCUUGCACACAGAUGGAGCACAGAGACUCUGAGGGGGGACUCUCACCCAGGUCUCCACCCCUCUCCCCAAGCCACAAUCCCUCCCGACGCCCAACUCAGCACAAUCAUGACAGGCCCAUUCCUGAUGUAUUUGCUCCACUCUCACCUAAAUCCCCCCCAAUGUGUGACCCACAUGGACUUAUUUCUGACCAGGGCCAUGCCUUUGGUAACUCGGCAAGGACUGAUUCACCUAACGGGGGCCACACACCCACCUACUCACCAGGCAGCCCUGCAAAUGAGAACUGUGGUAAUGGGAACAGCUUAUCUGGAGGCCAGCCCAGCCCACGCCUAUAUGACAUGUCCACGUAUGAGACCCCCAACCCUGCCAGCCCCACCAGCCCUCCCGGGCCUUUCUCCCCCCCACAUCACACAGAGUUGCAGGAGCCAGGGGAGGCCACCGAAUGGGAUGUUGGACUUGAAUCCUCCCCACCUGAGCGAAGUGCAACCCAGACUGCCUCCUCAUCCUCCAACGGCCUGGCUUCCUUGGAGAAAACUCCAAGCAGUAAUGGCCACCGCUUGUACUCUGGUGGCCACUGGCCAGCCAAAAAGAGGCUGCUCUCCCCAAGUGACACUGGGGACUCAUGCUCAGAAGACGAGGGACCCUCCACUUCCAAGAGAAGCAGGCUGUCAUUGCUGGCUCCAGGACUUGGCCCGACCUCCUGUCGCAGCACUGAUUCUAAAGCUGCCCCAUAUUGGAACCACCUGCUGCCCUCUGCAUGGGACCGGCCUAAGACCGCAACAGAUUGCACAAGAUCAGGGAGACGACUAAAAAGUGGACUGCGGCUGAAAAGUCGGCAGCUGCGCAGCGGCAGACACACAGACACCGGCCGCUCCACACGCUCCACUUGGCCCUCAUCUUCCAUCAGCAGAUCGCUACUCGGCAACUUUGAGGAGUCCAUACUGAAGGGAAGAUUCUCCCCCUCAGGGAGGAUAGAGGGGUUCACAGCGGAGAUCGGUGCCAGCGGCUCUUAUUGUCCGCAGCACGUCACCCUGCCGGUGCAGGUUACAUACUACGACAUCUCAGAGCACAGCGCACCCUCACCCUUCCUGGGUGUGAUUUCCCUCGAGCAUCUCGGAAAGAAAGGAUACAGCAUACCCAAAGCAGGGACCAUUCAAGUGACCUUAUUUAAUCCCAACAAAACUGUGGUGAAGAUGUUCCUGGUGACCUACAACUUUAGUGACAUGCCAGUUAAUCACAUGACCUUCCUACGCCACCGUAUCUUCUUGGUGCCCGUAGAGGAGGGGGCUGAAGGGAAGGGUGAGGUGCCUUCAGGGAGCGCAGUGGUAGAAAGGAGGAAGAUUCUCUGCUACCUGAUACAUCUCAGAUUCCAGAGCUCCAAAUCUGGGAAGAUCUACUUGCACAAUGAUAUCCGGCUGCUAUUCUCCCGCAAGUCCAUCGAAGUAGACACAGGGAUCCCUUAUGAGCUGAAAUCUUUCACCGAGGUGCCAAGAAACCCUAAAUACUCCCCCCGCGUGUGACCCGAGCUUCACCUUUUGACCCUUCCCAACGCCAAUGCAGUCCCUCCUGUGCUUCCUAACGAGGAGGGAGGGAAAAGACAGACUGCUAGAAUGAUGGACGCAAAACUUGAUAAGACUUGAUGAGACACACCACAUGCACACAAGACACACAUGCACACAUAAUACAGUGUGGUGAUAUCACAAAUCCCCCUUUAUGCAUUUAUUCUCCAUUGAAAUGUAGACAGUCAAAAGACAUUAGUGAUAAAAACGUCACUAAAGCAAACAUAGCAUUCCUUGUAUCUUCCAUUAGUUGAAAGUAUGAAAAAAAUUACAAAUAUUGGUAUUAAAGCAGUCCAGCAUGCAUGCAGUCAAAAUCAGGACGGUUCCGAAAACCUUCAUCUGUAUGAGAAAAAAAGAAAUGCACAAAAUACACACACACACACACACACACACACACACACACACACACACACACACACACACACACACACACACACACACACACACACACACACACACACACACACACACACACACACACACACACACACACACCAAAAGAGACUGACAAGACUCACACACAGCACAUACUUUGCACGUCACAGCUGAAACACUUCUUGUGGUGACUCUCUGAGUUUAGUGUUAACAUGCAUGCCUUGUGACUUAAACACCUGAAUUUUCCUCUAGUGCUGUAUCACACUGUCCUUCACUCUGCCUGCAGCUCCAAGAGAUUUGUCAAGAGGCCACAAACAAUAAGCACAUCCCUGAUUGUAGGGUGAAGAAAAUAACGACCCCCCCCCCCCCCCCCCCACACACACUUUCUGACCGGCAGAGAGGAGAUGAGCCAUGAGACACAAACACUAGUGAAAGCAAAAUGGAAUCGGCCAUCCAACAAAAACAAGAACAUGAUUUGAUCAAACUCAGGACACAUGUUGAAGAAUCAAAUUCUCCUCUUCACUCUUCACUAUGAUGGUACAGACUUUAAGCCAGGAUCAUGGAUAAAUGUCCAACCAUGUUGUACAAAAACAGGGGAAUCCAGUUCAACUUAUGUAGCCAGACUGAGGGACACUGUUGUUUUCUUUCUUUCUUUUUAGAAUCUGUUCAGAGCAGUCUGAUGUUGGAGCAGAACAUGGAUAAAAAACAACAAGCUGUAGUAUUUUUAAUUUAUGUUUUCGCAAAUGUCUUAAUAAGCAAUAUGCUGCACAAAGUAGAGUGUGUUUUUAAGCCGGACGAGCUUUCUCUCUGGUGCGGGGGGGGGAACAGAGAAAGCGGAGGAUUGAGUGUGAGGGAGGAAAUAGGAGGAGGGAGGGAUGACAGGGAGGGGGGGUAUUUAAUAUGGGGAAAAAGUCUAUGUAUAUUUAAAAGAAUAAACUCUGCGACUGGCGAGUGAAC